AUGAAAGCUGAUGCAGAACCAGCAUCGAAGGUCUACAGAGAGAAGAACAUGGUUCAAGGUCCAAAAGCUACUACAAGCACCCAACUCAUGAAGUCCACUAUUGCAACACUGUGUGAAACAAUAUGUCUCAUUUUGUACCCAGAAUGUGGCCUCCGACCAUCUUACGAGUCCUUUCAGGGGACUGGCAAGAGGUUCACGACAGGGAGAUACGCCACGGCUGGGGAGUUCCCAUGGCAUGUGAGCAUCCAGAGCAACGGGAGACAUGUCUGCGGAGGCACCAUAAUCAGCGCAUUGUGGAUUUUAACUGCGGCUCAUUGCUUUGGAGAAGAGAUGCCACCAGACCUCACUGUUUUAGUGGGGGGAACUGACCUCAGUGUCCCGCUGGAAGAACAUAAGCCAGACAGCUUGAUCCUCCAUGAAAAAUUUGACAGAAUGACCAUGCAAAAUGACAUUGCUCUGAUCCUGCUCAGCUCUCCCAUUGAGUUCAGCAAUGAGAAAAUCCCUAUCUGCUUGCCCUACAUGCAUGACAUCAAUACGUGGCAACACUGCUGGAUUGCUGGGUGGGGAACCACAAGUGCAGCGAUUGUGAGGCCGACAUCCCACAUGAUGCAGAAAGCACCAAUGAAGCUCAUCAGCAGGGAGCAGUGCUUGAAAAGUAUCCCACAGCUAGUGGAGAACAUGCUGUGCGCUGAGAUGGAGAAGAGAAGAAGAGGUGCCUGGCAGUCACAGGUGGACAGCGGGGGACCUCUGGUUUGCAGCUACUGGAACACCAUGAAGUGGUUUCAGGUUGGCAUUGUCAGCUGGGAACAAGACUGUGCAGAAAAGCCAUCCCAUGAGGUCUUGUUGUCUGUUUACAGCUACCGUCGCUGGAUAGAGACUGAGACAGCCAUAAGGGGGAAACCUUUCUUCAUUGAAGGCGUGGAUAACCAUGCUAAUAGGCAGCUGUUUUCUUCCAAGGCUGAGUCACAGCUGGCAUUCCUUGAGUAUUGCCUCCUUUUAUUUAUCUCUUUAAUAGCAAUUAGAUUACUCUAGAGAAGUUUUUUCAAAACAUAAUAAAAGUCAGAACUACUGUCUUAUCCUUCUUUUGCACAUAUAGUCGUGUCUCAGGUUAACCUGCUCCAUCAUGUGGAUACAGACACCAAAAGAGAUGCAACCAUGAGGCAGAAAAGCCAGGCAGAGGCCACUGAAGACCAAGAAUCAAACAAGAGAGGCCAUAAUCCUCGAAAAACAUGUAUUUUCCACACUGGUGGGUCAUAUCAGGCCCAGUUUUUUGCUAAGUUCAGAUGAAAAGUCAAAUUGUGGCACCGGAAGGAGCUGCUCCCCUUGGAAAGCUGAAGACCUAAGAAAGGUCUUAGCUUACUCAGUUGCUUAUUAGCUGUUGGUAAUACAGCUCUGGGUUAAUGUAUCUUAAUGAUAAUUAUUAGCUGGACUAAUGUAUCUUCUAUCUUGCAGGUAGCCCAAGCUAAGAGCAUCUUCAGAGACCACAGUAGCUUCUUAGAUGGCAUGUCAAGCUGCUGGGACUUGACUAAAUGUCAAAUUCAGUGCUCCUUAAGAUAGAAGCAGUGCCAGAAAUCUUCUGGCCAGUGUUGGAAGGUGUAGCAUGAUAUAACUAAUCAGUCUUAUUUAUCUGGAUUGCAAAUGCUGUGUUUUGGUAGUUAAAGGCAACAAAGAAAAAAUUUGGCUGGCUGAAGAGAACUGUAUCUGAGCUAUCUAUAAAAGACAGUCUACAGAAACUCCUUGGCUUUGUAAUUAACCAAAAUUAAUCACUUGCAAGUAAAUGGUAAAUCAAAAAGAAAUAGCUUUUUUUUUUUUUUUUUCUUUAAUUAUUCUGUUAGAAGCCUUUUACAUAGUUACUAAGAGGUCCACAUCCAGCCUGAGCUGGAGCUAAGCUGGUCCUUCAUUCAACGCGUGGUUCUUCAUUGCUUCUCUGGCAGCAAAGUGCAUUGCAAAAUGUGUUCUGGUCUUCACAAGGCGUUUGCUUUUCUUGGAAGUGAUGGUGAAGGAGGCAAGCAAGAAGGUCUUCUUCAUGUCCCACCUUUGAAGCAGCAUAAAAGCACCUGUAAUUUGCAGCAAUGAUAAAACUCAGUGAAUGUGAAAUGGGACAGAACCUCACAAAUUAGUUUUAAUUACCUUGAUAUUUUCUGGCUACUGGUGGAGAAGCCUUGUAAAUGAGAAUUAAUUCAUCUACCUUAAGCUAAUGCAAACCCAUCUUGGCAUAAAAGUCAGACUUUAUUUUCUGUGUUAUCUGAGCAGAAAAUAAUGCUUAAUUAUUAUUAGUUCAGAGUAAUGCUUAUGAAAAUUGCUCCACAUUAAUUUCACAUGGCUGACUGGCUAAUGGAUGCAUAAGAGUCUUGUAACCCUUUGCAAAAAGACUAAUAAAAGCUAAAAACAAUGGGAAUAUAUUACUUUAGCAGCUAUUAGUAGUAGACAGUGUCUGCUGGCAUUAAUACCUAUAUUUAUUUUCCUUUCUAUUAAUAAUAUAUCAACAGAUUCUAGAAGCUGUGGCAGCUGGACAUCAGGAAAUAUUUCCUAAUGCUGCAAUCUAUUCAGCUACAGAAUUGUUUCCCCCAAAGGAAAUGAGAUGUCCUCCUGCUUGAAUUAUUUUAAUGUAGGGAUUGUAUAAAGCACUUUCGUCUACAGCACAUGGCAUGGAAAAAGCCUGCACUUACAGGGGAAUGCAAAAGGACCCAGUAGAUAUUUUCCAUCAGUUACAUUUGCAAACUGAUAACGGUCUGUGUUAAAUGAAGGUGAUGCUACUUAGUGGGUAUAGCAAGGCACCACUGCUAUGGGCUUUGAUUCGUCCUGCUGCUCAUUUACCCAGUGGCUUUCGGGAAAGAAAAUUUGUGCUUCAUGCCUCAGUUUCCAUACAUGUAAACUGAGAUAAUUGAGGUGCCCCAU